AUGAGACUCCAAACUGCCCCCAUCACUCCGAGGGAAGAAAAACUUCUCCGUGCUUCAGCUGCAGUUUGGACCUGGAUUUAAAAUCAGCUCGGUGAAUAAAACCUAAAGUUGUGCACAGACGGGGAUGAUGAAGUGAUCUGAGGCUGUGUUCCAAUCGUUAAACCUGUAAGGAGGAUUUUUAAAGCUUGUCUGUGGAGGCUGUAGAGUUUAAAGCUGGUCUCAUGGAGCGACUCAGUGCGCGUUUUUGCGCGCGCGCUUUUCUGCGGGACUGAUCUCAGGACGCGGGACUUAAGGUCGGGCUUCAGGCUCUUUAACGGGGUGUAGACGAGAUUUACAGGAUGGCUAGUGUUAGUCUGGUCCUUCUGGUGGUGUGUGCGUGUGUGUGUGGAGCCUCAUGGGGCGGACAGCAGCGUUACAGUCUGUACUCAGGGAGCAGAGAGCACGGACACACUGGGGAGGGAGCGCGAGCCGCCAGCAGGCACAGAAACUGGUGUGCGUACGUGGUGAGGAAGACAGUGAGCUGUGUGGUGGAGGACGGAGUGGAGACGUACGUGAAGCCUGAGUAUCAGCCGUGUUCCUGGGGAGUGCAGUGUCCUCGCAUCCUAAUGUAUCGGACGUACAUGAGGCCGAGAUAUAAGGUAGCAUACAAAAUGGUCUCUGAGAUGGAGUGGAAGUGUUGCCAUGGAUACAGCGGAGAGGACUGUAACACACAUAAUGGCGGUGGAAGUGGAGGAUCUGUUACAGCAAGACCGUGGCCAAAACCCUCAAACCCAGGACACACAGGACAGAACGGAGGCAGCGGGCAAGGUGACAGUGACAAGAUGAAGCAGAUGGAGGACAAAAUCCAGCGUCUGGCUAAAGACCUUCAACAGUUUCAGGAGGAAAUGAAGAAGCCUGGCCUGAGCGGUGGUGGUGGAAAAACACCAGCAGAUGCGGCUCAGCCUGCAAUGAAGGAAACCCUCCACAACAUCCAGGCCAAACUAGACCAGCUGGACAAUCGGACUCAGGCUCAUGACAAAACUCUGGAUAGCAUCAACAAUCACCUGGUUAAUGGGAGAGGUGGGAACGACCUUGAAGACCAUGAUGGAGGUAGAUUCAACAUUCUGAAGGAGGAAAUCCUGGAGGAGUUGGAGCGACGGGUCUCUCUGUCCUGCACUGCUUGCCAAGCCGGCGUGGAUGAUAUGCAAAGAGAGCAGCAGAGCGACAGAGAGAGGAUUUCAGCUUUGGAGAAAAAGAUCAACGACCUGGAACAGCGGAACCGCCUGGUUCUGGAUGGACUGCGUCGGGAUCUGAGUCGAUCUCAAACAUGCUGUGAUAAAACAAGAGAUCUGGAGACACAGGUCAAGUAUCUGGAUAAGAAGAUCAAAUCAAAUUCUGAGAUUGUUACCAGCCUCGAGGAGCGUCUGGAGAAAGUGCUGCAGGGAACAGGAGGUGGAGGAGGUUCAGGUGGAGUGGGAGGAAGUGGAGGAACGAGACCAGAAGAUACGCUGAAUAGUUACCUGGAAGACUUGGAAAGACGGAUUAACAGCACUGUGCAGAGGACAGAAGAAAGCUGUGCUUAUAUGAAGAACGAUACGAAGGAUACAUUCCAAAAUGUGUUAGACCUCUUCAGGGAUCAAGACAACAAAAACACAAAUUUAGAGCUGGACAUAGAGAGUGUGAAAAAAAGUGUGUUUGAUCUGGACAAGCGCUUGUCUCAGCUGCAGAACGCCACAUCUUAUAUGGACCAGAGAAUAAACGAAUGCUCUUCAUGCUCUGGUUCUCGAAGACCCCCAGGAGGAAGUGCAAUCAGACCCACUGAAGAUACAGAAACAGUCAAGUCCCUGGAAUGGAGGGUUGUUGCCAAUGAGGAUGAGAUCAAGAGAUUUGACACCAGGCUAAAAGAUCUCUCUCUUUCGGGCGACUCUCUGCUGGAUAAAGUCAUCGAUCUUGGCCAUGACAUACAAAAGAUCAAAGAGGUGACUGGCAACAGCGGUGAACAUUUCAAUCGUAUUAUCACAGAAAUUGAGAACUGCCAAUCGGACCUCUGUAGGACAGUGCAAGAUGACCUGAGGAAGCUCAAGAACUUCACAAACCAUGCUAUGGACAAGUGGCACACAGAUAUGAAUUACAUAAAGGGCAGGGUGGAUUCAGGAUGCUCGGGCGACUGCAGCAUCCUGCAGGAGGAAGUGAAGAAACUUAAAGAGGAUGUGCAGAAGUGCAAGAUCUGUCUGGAGACUCCGACAGGAACAGGAACGGAACCAGGAGAUAUGGAUGGUCCUCAGAAGCCCCUCGAUGGCCACAGUGUGAUCAGCAGCAACAACGGCAACCUGGGCUCAAUCCAGGGCGAGUUAUCAGGAGUCAUUUUAACCUUUAGCUCCAUCAAUGACACCCUGAAAGGUUUGGAGCACAGCGUACGGAAACAUGACAGCGUCAUCACUGAUCUGGGGAACACCAAGGACAAGAUCAUCUCUGAGCUUGAUAAGAUUCAGCAGGAAGUGUCUGAGCACGUUGAGGACAGUAAAAUGCGCUUUGACAACAUCAUCCAUGACAUCAAGCGUUUUGGAAACAGUUUUGUGGAGAGAACAUGCAACGGCCUCGACAAGAGGAUCACCAAACUGGAGGGUGUUUGUGGUCGACUCGAUUCUGUAUCUGAGAACUUGCAGAAAAUCAAAGACGGACUUAACAAACAUGUGACCAGCCUGUGGAGCUGUGUGAAUGGCCUGAACACCACUGUGAUCCACCACAGCAGCUUCAUCGACACCAUGGAGAGCACACAUCUAGACACAAUCCACGGCAAGAUCAAACAGCUCAACUCCUCCAUGCUGCAUCUCCUCACGGAGUUCAGGAACCUGAUGGAGCAUGAUUUCACAGGGCUGCCUGGACCCCCGGGGCCUCAGGGAGAGACAGGUGACAGAGGAUUUCCAGGACUUCCUGGACCACAAGGACCCCCUGGUAAACCAGGUGUGGAAGGACCAAAAGGACCACCAGGUCUCAGCGGAGAACGAGGUCUCCCCGGUGUCGAUGCUAAUGUUCCUCAGGUCUCGUUCUCGGCUGCACUCACAAAACCCAUGACUUCCUCUGGGACCAUAGUGUUUGAUAAAAUCUUUGUAAAUAAAGGAGACUUUUACGAUCCACAGACAGGAAUCUUCACGGCUCCGCGGGAAGGACAUUACUUCUUCAGUGCCAUUCUGACAGGCCACAAGAACGAGAAGAUCGAAGCGGUUCUAUCCAAGUCCAACUACGGCAUGGCGCGCGUUGACUCCGCCGGGUAUCAGCCUGAGGGUCUGGAGAACAAGCCAGUGGCGGAGACAAAGCCGACACCAGGAUCUCUGGCGGUCUUCAACAUCAUCCUUCCGCUGCAGAUGCACGACACGGUGUGUGUGGACCUGGUCAUGGGGAAACUGGCGCACUCGGUGGAACCUCUCACCAUGUUCAGUGGUGCUCUGCUCUACGAGGAUUACUCAUAACCCUGAUAUUCACCCACGAUGGGGCCAAACCUCCAGAGUCACACCGUGGACUCGCUUUCACGCUGUGAUUCUGCUCUUAUGUGAACUCCUAAAUUCAGAAGAGGACUUAAAUUUGUUAUAUUUACUCUUUUAUUUUGACCUUUUGGAGACGUGUUUUUUACAGAAACUACUGUUUUUUAUUAUUAUUAUUAUUGAUAUGAAAAUGAUUUCAGAUUUUAUAAAAUACGGUGUUACGAAUCAUUUAUCACAGAGUUUCACUACCACUGUAAAGUAGGCUAAAGCUUUGGCUCCAGGCCAUGUGCUGAUAUCACUAAUAGUAUCCCAUCACCACAGUUAAUAAAAAUAGCAUUAGGUUUAUGAUAUCAUAAUAUUGUAUCUUCAGUGUCAUGUAUCAGUGUUUUAAAGAAACGACGAGAGAAAAAAAUGAGACAGAAAUGAUCCAGAACAUCAACAUUUACCUCAGAUAUGUUGGAGAAAAAGAAAAGACUUUAUAAGGCUAAAAUUAUGCUGUAAUUGCAGUUAGCAUCGAACGCUAGCUUAACCUCCACCAUAGUGAGAAAAUCAGCUCUCAGAAUGUUUUGAUAUUUAAACAAGAGAUUCAAACAAAAAAAACAGAAAAUGUAGAACAAAUUAUUCAGCAAUAAAGUGCAGGAUUAGCUCUUGUAGCAAGUUUAUUAAGAUAGCCAACAUUAACUAGCGAGUCCCACAUUGAUAGCUAGCUCCAUGUACCCAUAAAAAUUAUUGCUCUACAAACACAAAUCUGACUGUUAAUCAGAACAGGUCAGAGAAGAUUCACUGAGUUAGCAGGUAGUGCACAUGUUAGCAUGAUAAUGUGUUCUUCAGUGACUGUUCUGUCAGCCAUGUUCUAAAUUCUGUUGUGGUGAACAGAAUUAUGAGAUAAAAACAAAACAUCUGACAUGAGGACAUUCGUACAUGUAGUGUUGUGUUCACACUACAAUAGUAAUGAUGUACAGGCUAAACAUAGUGAAUAAGUGAUUAGCAGCACAAGGCUAGUGCUCACUUUAUAAUGUGUGUGUGUGUGUGUGUGUUUGGAAAGAAGAGCAUUUCAUAUUUCCUAAUAACUGCGAUGUGAGUGUUAGUAAUGAAUGGACAUUUUGCUGAGCCUCGGUGAAACCUGCUACAUCUCUUAACACCAUUUUGUAAAUAAAUUGCUUUAUGUUGUCUGGUAACCAUGAAAACCAUCACCAUAAAUAAAGGGGAAAAAAGAAAACUCACAAUAAAAAACAUGUAAUUUAUCACAACAUCCACAACUACGACUUUAAAGAGCCAAUAAAGUCGGUUAACAUUA